AUGGAGGAAGAGAAGAAGCCCAUGGAGAAAGCAGCAGAUGAUGGAUCGCCUAUCUAUGUCGAGACCAUCUACAUGCCUUCAAAAGCCAUGGUGGAAGCCACGGAGGCAGCGGAGAAGGAAUGCCAGCUGGGAGCCAGGCGCAAAGCUCAUUUCUUUGCUUGCUCAGGAUUACCAUCCACAAAGAAGCUAGUGAAGAUCUUGCUGAAAGCUGUCAUUGGGUUCAGCCUAAGAUUGUUGACCCAGCCUCCCCUUUCUCCAGUAGUGAUACAAGGAGAAACUCACUAUGAAGUGAAGAAAAAUUUAGCCUCUAGAUUAUAUAGAGAACUAUAUCUCUUUUAUAUUUUACAGGUAUGGUUUAAAAACCGCAGAGCCAAAUGGAGGAAGCGGGAAAGAAAUCAACAGGCAGAACUUUGUAAGAAUAGUUUUGGAGCUCAGUUCAAUGGACUGAUGCAACCUUAUGAUGAGAUGUAUAGUAGUUAUUCCUAUAAUAACUGGGCUACCAAAGGACUUACUGCCGGCACUCUAUCAGCAAAGAGCUUCCCAUUCUUCAACUCCAUGAAUGUCAAUGCCCUUUCUUCCCAGCCCAUGUUCUCAACAUCCAGUUCUAUAGGGUCUAUGUCUGUACCUUCCUCAAUGGUUCCUUCAACAGUGACUGGUGUGCCAGGCUCAAGCCUUAACAAUCUUAACAGCCCUGGUCUUAACUCUGCAGUUCCAUCUAGUACCUGUCCCUAUGCAUCCACAGCCAAUCCUUACAUGUAUAGGGAUACCUGUAACUCAAGCCUGGCUAGCUUGCGAUUGAAGGCAAAACAGCAUGCCAACUUCACCUAUCCAGGAGUGCAGACAGCACCCUCCAGCCUCAGCCCAUGCCAGUAUGCUGUGGAUAGGUCAGUAUGAGGAUCUCCACUGCUAAUUAUGAACUAUCAGCAGAACCUUUCCCCUGCAGAGGAAUUCCAGAAAAGUUGCAUUUAUAAUACUGUUACAAAUGUUUUACUAUCAUUUUUGUAAAGUAUAUAUUUUUACUCACUGAACAUACAUUUCAGACAGAGGAAUUUUUUGCCAAGCUUUGAAUUUUCAUCCGGUGGUAACAACAUACCCAGGGAAAUGGUUGACACUGCUCAUAAUUUAUGGUUGCAAUUUGUGCUUUAUACACCCAACUUCUGCUUACAUAAGGAAGUCUAGAUUCUGUACUUGAAGUACCAGGUUUGGAUUUACUGUAUGUAUAUUUCAUAAAAGCUUGUCAUGAAAUGCCCUGGGUAAAACUUUUGGUUUCCUUUUUAAAAAAUAGCAUAUCAUAACAAAAGAUUGCCAAAAGUAAUUUGAUAGAAGGAAAUUUAUGUGCAGACAUGCCAUGAGUUAUGUGGAAGAUCUAGGACAAAGAAACUUAUAGAUGUGCUCCUAUGUAUCUCUGGCUACCAUGACUGAAAUAGAAGCUAUCAAUUUGUUAUCAAAAGAGCACUGAUAUCUGGAGAAAAUAGACAAGUCAUCAAACUUGGAACAAAACCACUUGGUGAUAUAAUAGUAUUAACUACAGGAUACUUAUUUAAAUGUAUAAAACCAAUAGGUAUGUGGACUAUAUUUCAUUUCCCUGUGCAAUUUUAUUUUCUACCAAGCAGGAAAUAUUAUUUAGGAGCUAUGGUGGUGCAGUGGUUAGAAUGCAGUAUUGCAAGCUGCCCGCUGCCAGUAGUUCAAUUCUGAGUGGCUCUAGGUUGAAUUAGCCUUCCAUCUUUCCGAGAUCAGUAAAACGAGGACCCAGGUUAUUGGGGAAAAAUACUGAAUGCUGUAAAGCACUAUGAAGUGGUACAUAAGACUAAGUACUAUUGCUAUUAUAAACACAUUUUGCAAUGACUUAAGUUCCCAAAGACAAACAAGAAAAAUGCCCCAAGCAUCUCAUGCACUUGUGAUUAUUGCAUAAGCAACAAGCACUCCUUGUAUGCAACAUUCCCUAACUUCUAGAAAAAAUUAGGUCUGCAACUGAAUAGAAAUAAUCCAUUGAAUUGAUUCUCUUAUCCUUGACCACAUGCAGGCAACAACUUCCAAUUAUUAGUUUCCAGGACAAUCCUGACAACCAUUUUUUCACUGUUCUUAAUUUCAUUGAGCUUACAAAAGUAGUACAUGUGCCUCUGAAUCAUACCAAUGUUUCUGCAAUAAUCUGCCACAAGCCAAGUAUAGUAUAGAAAGAGCUUUAAGAACGUCACUUUAUCUCAUCCCCAAGUUUGUCCACCAGAAUUCCUGAACUUUUCAGAGCUCAGAAAUGUACAAAUCAAAAUUUAUAGAUGCUAACCAGGACCAACAAAACUGCAGCCUACUGUAGUAAGAAUGUAUUGUGGGAAGAGGUGAAGGAAGGCAUGCUCAUCUACAGUAGCUUCCUUUUACUUGACCUUAUUGUAACUUAUCUCGAGUGGCAAACUGAGAAGUGGGUGGGUACCAUUUCAUGUUUGGUUUUUGGGUUUUGUUUUGUUUUUUGCUACUCCAAUAUCCCAUUAAACAACUCAAGAUGAAUGAUCCUAAAAAAC